ACUUCAGUUUCUGACACCUACCCUAGCAAAAGGGCCCAGGCUUCUCCUGAAAUUUUAAGCACUGCGCAGGGAGUUAGUGCUUGAUAGUUUCCAGGACCUUAACAAAUAUGAGCUUUCUCUCUUCACAGACUUUAAAAUACUACUAAUACCAAUCCUAUGAUGAAAAUUAUUCUGAACGUCAGUAACUCACCCAGAGUCACAACGUUGGCAAGCAGCAGAGCCAGGAUCUGAACCCAUGUGUGUACCAAGCUUAAGUUCGGGAUAAAGGGAGAUGUCCUUUCUAGAAUUCAGUAUUGGUACAGAGGAGUGGGUACUUUAAUGUCUUUUCCAGCCCUGGGAAAAAUGACUCUUUUCAUUGAUGUCUUGCAAUUGCACAAUAGUGAGCAAGAGAUCCCAUUUUAUGUGCUUGGGACAAAAUAAUCUCAGCAACAAGUGCAGUGCACUGUCCCCUUGAGCCCCUCUCUUUACCCAUAUGCCAUCACCUCCAACAAGGUGCAUCUCUCUGAGUUUCUUGCUCACCCAUGUCUCUAGAACCACAUGACCAGCUGUCAUCCCAGUGUGUCAGGUUGCCUGACAUCUCUGUAUUUUGACAUUUGCUGUUCCUUUGGGCGCCUGUCCCUAUUCACUUCUUCUAACUAACACAUCACUAGCCUUCAAAGUCCGGCUCAACUAUCCCUUCUUCAGGGAAGCCUUCCCUGGUCAGGCAGUCAACUUUGAAUGUCUCUCAUUUAGGCCCCCAUAGCCAACUGUGCUUGAUGUACUUGUGGUCUCCUUAACUAGACUCAAGUCUUUGUGAGGCCACAGAUUAGUGGCCUGGUUCACUUGGUGAUGUCUCUUUUUGUGAUGUUGGCAGUUGGUAUGUGUGUAGAAAAUAUUUGCUUUAAAAAAUCCAUGAAUUAGUUAAUAACACCUGAAGGCAAACUAGGCACAUCUCACCUUUCUUCUGAAACGUCCCUUUCCUACACCACAGAAGGGGCACUCAGUGUUUCCCCCACAUUCAGACUAUACCUGGAAUCCUGAACUUAAUUCCUGGUGCUUCAGUCUAAGUGAGACAAAGACAAAUCUGAUAUUAUUCUGAGAUUAGUGAAGAGAGCUAAAAGGAACUAAGGUGUCCAAAUCCUGUCUUGAAAUAUCUGAAAGGUUAAAAUGUGGGGAAAAAAUUUGACUUACAGAGCACAAAGCUUAGCUAUACAAUAAUGAAUAAAGAAUGUAUAUAUAUAUAUGUGUAUAUGUGUGUGUGAUAUAUAUAUAUAUAUUCAUCAUUGAGGAGAAUUUUUAAAUAGAUGCCUUAGGGGCAUUGAGACUCCAGUUGGUGGUUUGGUUGGUUCUGGGAACAUUGAGGUACUGUUCAUCACUGAAAUUUUAUGAUUUAGCUGAAUAGCCCAAGGGCAGAACACUGGGGGAGAUCAACCAGUACCUUCCACAGGCAACUGCACAGGACCAAAGUCCCAGGAUGUUUGUUCUCUUUCUGCUGUGCAUAGUCUUUCUGGUCUGCAUGAGUAAGGGUAAGUCCUGGAGACAGAGGAAGGGUUGGUUGUUGAUUAAGAGAUGGGAAGAUGCUGGGGGAGGAGAAAUUUCCAGAAUUGGCUCUUGGGGCUUUGGCCGAUGCAUGUGUGAUUAUGACAGGGAAACUUCUUUCCACAGGUGAAUUUCGUGAACAUCUGAUAGGUAUGACCACAGCUAGUCUAAAGUCCUUGGUAAAAAGGUUAUUGGUGACAUUUUUGGAGUAAACCUUCCCCUCCAUCUUUUAAGAAAGCUGUUUUCCAUUCCUACUAUAGAAUCCUAGGAGUUUGAUCUUCUCCCGGACCAAUUUAGUCCAUUUCGUGGAGUAAAGAAGCUAAAGUCCCCGUCUUUGCUUCCUCUUCCCCAUUACUGGACAAAAUCAUUAGGCUACAUAAGGUGUUCAUUACUUGGGGACCAUAGAUAAAUUUUACAGGAACUCCAACCUUUUGAGAUUAUAUACAAUAUUUGAUUUAUGUCUGUAUAAGUUAGCUUUCACAAGAUUAUCAAAGGGAUCAGGGUCCCUAGAAAAGUUGGGAACCACUAGUCAAUAGUAAGUUCCUGUUGGGAAGCCCCCAGGCCUGGAGAACCUUCUCCUUACUGCAUCCUUUAAGCACCUCUUUCUGUGUCUGGCAGAGCCUUCAACGAUGUGUUAUAAAUGUAAAAAAUAUCAUCUUGGGAUAUGCUAUGAAGGCAUGAGGUCCUGCACCCUGAAGUACCACCAGACCUGUGCUGUUGAAAACAUUUACUUACUUACCAGAAAAGGGCGGAGUAUGUAUUUUUAUUCAAAACUGUCGUGUAUGACCAACUGUGAGGACAUCAACUUCUUAAGUUUUGAAAAGAGGACAGAGCUCAUCUGUUGCAAACAUAAAAACUAUUGCAACCUCCCUGAGGGAGUCUAGUUCUGCAUCUCUCCUGGAUUUUUGAUUAUUCUUCAACUCACCAUCCCCCUUAUCUUUUCCCCCAAACCUGUAUUUUGCUCUCCACUUCUAACCAAUGGUAGAGAGUGAGAAAGCCAGCUGGUAGUGAAGAGUAGCCAUCAUAAGGAGGCUACUAGGAGAUAACUGAUUCUCAUUAAUUAUGGAGCACUAGACGGAAUUUUUGCAAAUCCCCGCGCACAGCGUUUUGGUUUUCUUACGGUGCUGCCAUGAAUAGUGUUGGGUUUUAAAUUGGUUAUUUAUUAUCUCCUAUAUGGAAAUGCAAAGACUUGGGUCAAAAUAAUCCCAAGCUCGUCCUGGGAAUUCUGUGAUCAUACUUUAUCCUUGUCCAUACCCACUCCUCUGGGCUGGGAUUCUCUCUUGAUUAGCUCUGACACCUGGCACUCUCCUUUUGCCCAUGGGUUUUGGAGAUAAAAGAAGACUAACUCCAGUUUCCCAAUUUUCUGGCAACGUGAGCCACAUCUUUCUCUGGUAGAGCUCUUAGGAGGAAUCUCAGGCCAGGAAAAAACUGGACAGGCAAAGGGAUGAGGCAUCAAGAAAAAUUUUAGGGGCAUUUCAGUUUGUGGAAACUAAGAUAUGAGAAACAGUUUGGUGUGGGUGGAGUUAUCAUGGCCCUUCCUGGACAGGUAGCCAGGUAGCACAUGGUUGAACUAGGUUAUUGAAUUGGAAAUGGAAACCUUGUGCCAGAAUGGCUGGUCAGUCUCCUCUCAUAAGAAUGUGAAAAAAAUGUUGAUAAUAAAGCAGGUUAAGAUAAUAGAAUGUAUAGAGAUGCCAUGUGGUAGUGUUCCAGUUACAAGGUGUCCUAUGUAUGAUGCAGUUAUGAGUAAACAGAAGGGAUGAUAUAGCAGAAGCUAGUGGGGGUAGGAAGAGAUGCAGGUGACACAGAAUGAAACAAAUAGAGAGAAACUGUGUAGCGUUGGUGGUGAAACAACCCACCUGUGGCCAAGGUGGUGAAGCUUCCCUGGGUAUAGAAUAACCCUGACAUUUCUCUCCUUGUGAAUGAAGCUUACUACAGUUCUUGGUCCUGGAUUUCCACAAUCAUUUUUCUCCCUUACUAUGCCAUAUGAAAUUCUUACAGUAAAACAAUUACCCCUCUACUUGAAGAGUUUGGUGUACUCUCUGCCUUUGUCUGCGCCUGAAAAUAUAAUCCUUCCUGAGGAAUUCUCAUCUGGGAUUUUAGCUGGGAUGAAGAAAGACAUGUAGAUAACUUUUUCAAAAUAGGCAGGCAGGUUGGAAAAGCCAAUGUAACAUGGAUAUUUUGAGUUAGGGAAGCAACAUAUAUUUUUUAAAAUUUUAUUGAAGUAUAGUCGAUUUACAAUGUU